AUGUUUUCAUGGGAAAGACAUAUCGGCGUAUAUUCAAAUCAUUACGAUUUCUUGAGAUACCAAAAUGAAUUACCAUUGAAUUUCCUCUUUAAUUUAUUUCACUCUAACGAGUCUGAGCCCCACGAGAAUUUGAUCGUUACAUCUCCGAAGUUUUCACCCAACUGUUGGACAUCGCCGAGACGUAACACUUGUCUACUCCAAAGUGUUCUUGUAUAA